AUGAAUGAUUGCCUCCUUGUACUCGCCCCUGAAGAACUCAAUCCGGAGCGCGCUUCCCCUUACCCUAUAUGGCAGGUGGCUCGAGCAACGACUGCAGCGCCGACAUACUUCAAAGCAACUCAAAUCAACGACGAACGGUUUGUAGAUGGGGGAUAUGGCCAUAAUAACCCCACCUCGCGAACAUUUAAGGAGAUCGAGCAAAUUCAUGGCGAAGGCACCAUCGCCCUCACAAUUAGCAUCGGUACUGGUCGACCUACAAAGAUUUCGCCGAUAGCCAAGAAGAAUAGUGGACUCAUAAAGCGCUAUCGACAAAUGAUUAAAUACAUCGUAGCUACAACUACCGACUCGGAGCGCGUCCAUGAACACGUGAAGAGCAUGACCUCAGGUCGAUGUACCUAUGAGCGUCUCAAUGUCGACGGCGGCCCCGGUGGUAUAAAUAUUGGAGAGUGGCGUGUUCAUAAAAAGGAAAACAUGACGCUUAAAACAAUACGAGAACAAACAUCUGCAUAUCUCGAACAAUCCGAGGUUCGUAUACGAGUGGAAAAAAUCGCUAAAAUGCUAGUGAGAAAUCGCCAAGAGAGGUCUAGGACUCCUAGAUGGGAUAUUGUGGCUACAGGUCAGUCCUGA